CACCACCUCAGGCUACCAUCAUCAUGUCGCUACGACGCAGGUCGUGUAACGCUUGCUUUAAAGGCCGACGAAAAUGUGAUCUUUGCUAUCCCGUCUGUGAGAAUUGCAUGAGGACAAAGAAGAACUGCCAAUAUGCAUACCCGCCUAGGCCACGGGCCCGCACCAACGAACUACUAACUGCGUCAGACGAGAUAUUAGACGCUGUGUUACAGCUUCCACUGAGUUUCACACCAGGUACAUGUACCCCGGACAUCACGCCGGAGAGUAUUUCAUUUUCCGCCACAUCAAGACUCGUAGGCACCCUCGGCGAGGUGCAGCCAAUCCAAGGCAGCACACGGUCAUGGCAGUGGGUGAUGGACGAGCUGAAAUGUUACCCGGGGGAAUUUGCCCAACGGGGUGAGACGAUCUUCAUCCACCGUGACCUGUACCGAGACGAGAUGCCACAGCCUAUCCGGACAGCCUUUGGUGUCUGUUCUUCCUUCUGUCUCCGUUCCGAGACGACGAACCGGGAGAUGGCAUUCCGCGUGAUCGACGCUGAAGUCUCCGAGCUGCUCCAACCCCCCACCGACCCAAGUUCGAGCUCUGGUUGCACGCUAUCUCCGCUCCGAACGGAGCUCGCGCGCCUCCAAGCACUACUGCUCUACCAGACCAUCCGCCUCUUCCACGGCAACCUGCCACAGCGGAUCACGGCCGAACAGCAGGGGUCGAUGCUCAUGACCACGGCGCUGAAGAUUAUAGUCCGCGCGCAAUCCGAGCCGGAGCUUCAAAGGCCGAAUACCCGACAUGCUUGGGUCCUUGGCGAGUGCAUCCGACGCACAGCUCUCCUCGUGUACUUUCUCUACGGAGUCAACUCGGUGUACCGAGAAGGCAUCUGCGUGGGACUGCAUACGCUGCGGCAGUUGCCUUUGUCGGUAGAGAUAUCAUCCUGGGGCGUGGAUGGUGAGUGUGCAGUUCAAGGGGACCAGGAGCAUUGGCGCGGGGAGAAUGCGGAGACGCUUUCCUACGAAGCGUUCCUGGCGCGAUGGCUUGUUUCGAUGCCGCGGCGGCUAAGUCGCUUUGAAAAGUUGCUGAUUGUUCCGUGUCAGGGGCUGGAGGCUGCUGAAGCGUUUGAGGACCUGGGGGGUUUGGUUGCAGAGUCGAUAUGA